UGCCCAUAGUUGCCUCUACAACUUACAGUCACCAAAAACUUUAAAUCAAGCGCACGGCUACAGUUUACAUUUUAAUCUCUGAUUUAGUAAGGUCAGAGUCAUGCUACUUUAGGAAAGGUGAAAAGCAGGCUUUUGACCCAUCUGUAAAUCCUCGCUUUAUUCUCUAUGCUAUGAAAAGAGGUUAACCAAGAGAGGAAUUAACCCGACUACUGGAGGCUGACAUUAAUCAAAAGGAUGACAGGCCUCUCGUAGUCUAAGCACAAGCGGAAACCAACACUUGCAAUCUCGCACUGUGACCGCCAUCUUGUGAGAGGAGGGAGGUCGGAAAUACUGCAGCUGGAGGUUCUGCACCCCACUGCUCUAGGCUGGCUGUGAGAGGCAGAGCUGAGUGGGAGGGCUUGGAGGCCUGGGGCCGGGCGGGGCGCUGCUGAGUAGCCGGAGCCUGGGAGCGGGGCCCGACCCGGUGCUGGAGACAGGCAUCUUCUACCCUAGGCCAGGGGCGGGGCCUUAGGUGCGGGGCGGGGCUGCGUAGCUGGAGCUUGGGGGCGGAGCCUGACGGCGGGGUGGAGACAGGCAUCUCCGAGCCCCAGGCCCUGGGUGGGGCCUGGGGGCCGGUGGAGGCGAGGCCCAGAAAUCGCGUGGCCGGCUUCCCCGGGAGCUGACAGGGCCGCAGCGGCUUACCCCUCCCUUUCUCGGAAAGUGGCUGGGCUGCUGUAGCUGGCACACGCUGUGCUAGGCGGAGGGGGCUGGGGGCGGGAGAUGACGGCGGUUUCUCGUUGCUUGGCCCCCUGCGAGCACCAGCUUCCUUUUCUCAGCCAGGGCUGCAGACGUAGCAGGGACUCUGCACUCCUUAUCUUGGCGGGCCAAAGUCUGCCCCUGCAGACAAGGGGAAAAGGCAGUGCCCAGCGCUGCCCACCAUGAAUCUCUAGGGAGGACACUGAUCUCCUGCAAGUAGAGAUCUGGUUGCAGGUGAAGGGUGAAAGAAAAUGGAUUCUUAUUUACCUGCAGAGAACUCAACCAUUGCAGUUAAUAUGAACGAGACUUUGUCUACCACAGUAACACAUGGAUUUAAUUCCACUAAUGACUCACCUUCAAUGUCAAUAACAAGGCUUUUCCCAGCCUUACUAGAAUGCUUUGGCAUAGUCCUUUGUGGCUAUAUAGCGGGAAGGGCCAAUGUUAUAACAUCAACACAGGCCAAAGGACUGGGAAAUUUUGUCUCCAGAUUUGCACUUCCAGCUUUAUUAUUCAAAAACAUGGUUGUACUUAAUUUUUCCAAUGUGGAUUGGGCUUUCCUAUAUAGUAUCUUAAUUGGCAAAGCAUCUGUAUUUUUUAUUGUAUGUGUAUUAACCUUAUUGGUUGCCAGUCCCGAUAGUAGAUUUAGCAAAGCUGGACUAUUCCCUAUUUUUGCCACACAAAGUAAUGACUUUGCAUUGGGAUACCCUAUAGUUGAAGCUUUGUAUCAAACCACAUACCCAGAAUAUCUCCAGUACAUUUAUUUGGUAGCACCAAUAUCUCUUAUGAUGUUAAACCCUAUAGGGUUUAUCUUCUGUGAAAUCCAGAAGUCGAAAGACACUCAAAAUGCUUCUCAAAAUAAAGCAAAAAUUGUGGGACUUGGAUUUCUACGUGUGUUACAGAACCCAAUCGUAUUCAUGGUCUUCAUUGGCAUUGCUUUUAAUUUUAUUCUCGAUAAGAGGAUCCCUGUAUAUAUGGAAAAUUUUCUUGAUGGACUCGCAAAUUCCUUUUCUGGAUCGGCCCUGUUUUAUCUUGGUCUUACAAUGGUGGGAAAAAUAAAGAGACUGAAGAAGUCAGGAUUUGUUGUACUAAUUCUUCUCAUCACAGCUAAACUCCUGGUGCUGCCACUUCUGUGCAGAGAAAUGGUGGAACUCCUGGACAAGAAUGACAGUGUAGUGAACCAUACAAGUAUAUCGAAUUAUGCAUUUUUGUAUGGUGUCUUUCCUGUAGCACCAGGAGUGGCUAUCUUUGCAGCACAGUUCAACAUGGAAGUAGAGAUUAUAACUUCAGGGAUGGUAAUAAGCACAUUUGUGUCUGCUCCGAUCAUGUAUGUUUCUGCCUGGUUAUUGACCUUUCCCACCAUGGAUGCUAAGCCAUUGGCAUAUGCCAUCCAGAAUGUUAGUUUUGAUAUAAGUAUCAUCAGCUUAGUCUCCUUGAUCUGGUCUCUUGCUAUUCUUCUCUUGAGUAAGAAAUACAAGCAGCUUCCUCAUAUGCUUACAACUAAUUUACUCAUUGCUCAGUCUAUUGUUUGUGCUGGAAUGAUGAUAUGGAAUUUUGUUAAAGAAAAAAAUUUUGUUGGACAAAUUUUGGUGUUUGUUCUAUUGUACAGCUCCCUGUAUAGCACCUAUCUUUGGACAGGCCUUCUAGCAAUUUCUUUGUUUCUUUUGAAAAAGCGAGAGAGUAUACAGAUUCCUGUGGGCAUCAUCAUCAUAUCUGGCUGGGGAAUUCCUGCUCUCCUUGUUGGUGUUCUUUUGAUAACUGGAAAACACAGUGGAGACAGCAUUGACUCAGCCUUCUUUUAUGGAAGAGAGCAGCAGAUGAUCACCACAGCAGUCACCCUGUUCUGCAGCAUUUUGAUAGCUGGUGUAUCACUCAUGUGCAUGAACCGAACCACCCAAGCUGGGCACUAUGAAGGUUUUGGCCAGUCUCAGAGUCAUAAACCAGUAGAGCCUGGAAGCACUGCAUUCGAGGAGAACACAGCACCAACAAAUGAACCAGAACUCUUCACAAGUUACAUCCCAGAAACAAGUUGCUGCUCUUGUUCCUGGGGAAAUGGUGAAUUACACUGUCCAUCAACAGAGCCAGUAGCAAACACAAGUACCAGUGGGCCUGUGACUUCUUCCAUUGAGAAAAAUGAUCACUGCGUGAGUCGCUGUAACUCCCAGAGCUGCAUAUUAGUCCAGGAAGAGGAGCAGUAUCUGCAGAAUGGAGACCCGCAACUGACUCAACAUGUCUUGCUGUGUUUACUUCUCAUUAUUGGCCUAUUUGCUAAUCUCUCCAGCUGUUUAUGGUGGCUAUUCAACCAUGAAACUGGAAGACUAUAUGUUGAAUUACAGUUUUUCUGUGCUGUGUUUAACUUUGGCCAGGGAUUUAUUUCCUUUGGAAUCUUUGGAUUGGACAAACAUUUAAUCAUCCUGCCUUUCAAAAGAAGGCUUGAAUUCCUGUGGAACAAUAAAGAAACAGCAGAAAGCAGAGAUUCCCCUGUGUCGGAGGAAAUAAAAAUGACCUGCCAACAAUUUGUUCAUUAUCACCGUGAUCUGUGUAUCCGAAACAUUGUUAGGGAAAGAAGGUGUGGUGCAAAGACUUCUGCUGGGACCUUCUGUGGCUGUGAUCUGGUGAACUGGCUAAUUGAAGUCGGCCUUGCCUCUGACCGUGGUGAAGCUGUGAUAUAUGGAGACAGACUGGUACAAGGGGGAGUCAUCCAACACAUUACCAAUGAGUAUGAAUUUCGGGAUGAGUAUUUGUUCUACAGAUUUCUUCAAAAGAGUCCUAAACAGAGUCCUCCUGCCAUUACUGUAAGCGACCCCCAACAGGAACACUAUAAAGAAAUUGACCAUUCAUGCUCACCCUCACUUUCCCCUAAGACUUAAAUUAUGAAGGAGAAUCUUCACAUGGAAUCAUACUGCAGCCUCACAUCUAUUACUUUUUAGCUGUGUGACCUUGAGCAAGUUCCCUUUUUGAGCGUCAGUCAUCAAUUGUGUAUAUGAUAAGAUGCAUUCCUACCCCCAUACUGAUAUUGUAUCAUUUUAUGUGUAUGUAAGGCACAUAGGAAACUAAGAGAAAACCAAAUCAAAAGUAAAAAUUCUGAUAAUACAAUAACUGCUAUAAAAUACUAUUCUGUCAAUAUUUUUAAAUUAUUUCUUUCUGCAACUAUUUGCUGUAAUUUCAAAAUCAACAUUCAAUUGACUGUUAUUUUAAAUUGCCAAAUUUGGCAGAUUUACUGCUGGCAAAAUGGACUUUAUGACAAUUUUACAUUUAUUGAUAAUACUUCCCCUAAAAGGAUUUUAUUUAUUCUAAUAAAAGGUUAUUUAUUUUUUCUUUCUACUUCUUUGACAAAUACUACUCAUUUAUAAAUUAAA